AGCUUGGGGUUUGGGUGUCAUUAUUUGAGGAGGGGAGGUUGUUUUCAUAUUUUGCUUGGUUUUGCUUUGGAUGUUGAGCUUAGCCAAGGCGAGGUGAAGCACGAAAAGGUAGCUUCCCAGGGGACUAGGGAGGACUGCGAAGGGGACAGAGCAUAAGGUCCCCUCCCUUGUCCCGUGUUGCCUACGUCAGGGCCCGCACAAAGCCACUCUCGGACUGCAGAGCUGCGGGCUCCCAGUAGGAGUCUGGUUAUUGGGCGAGCUCAGCAGGGCCUGGCUGCCUAAGGCGCCUGGCUCACGAUCUGAUCCGCCUUUUUCUUUGCGCUUUUUCUUUUCAGUUGGAUUCGGAUAAACGAAGCUCCGGGGGCCACUUCGGUCUCAGCAAAUAUUUCUGACUCAUGUCACCUCGUCUGAACGCCUAGAAGCUGAAGCUAGCAGCGACCCAUAGUUGGGUGGCCAAGCUGAGAGCAACUGCCAGCCAGCUGCAGCGCCCAGAUAUCCAGGGUCCCUGCCAUGAGCUUCCACAGCUGAGCCACACUUAGCUACCAUUUCAGCAAAGACUGACCAUAGACUUGCGAAUUUCGAAUUUACAUAUGGAUGCACAGGAUGGAUCAGACCGAACAGAAGAGCAGAUUUUUGUAAUUUCUGGUUGUUUUCCCAGCAUGCCCCUUUGAACCUCGCUGCAAGCUCUGGUAGGGAAGGUGCCCUCAGAAGCCCAGAACGCCCCUGGCCAUGUCACCUUCAAUGCCCUGUGCCUUAGUGCAGCCCUCCGAGGGUUCCCAGGGCUGCCCAGGGUGGUUUCCAACAGGUGUGCUCACUCCCUCCCCCAGCCCAACCCAGCUGGCAGGAUUCUCCCAAGCUGAAAUUUUUUGACUUGGCUUCCUCACUCCUGCUUCCGCACCCCCCACCAAAGGGUAGCCAUGCAAAGCCGGACCUUGGCCACCCCACUCCCUGAGACCAUGGUGCUUCUCUCUGAAAAUGCUUCCGAAGGCUCCAACUGCACCCACCCACCAGCACCAGUGAACAUUUCUAAGGCCAUUCUGCUUGGGGUGAUCUUGGGGGGCCUCAUCAUUUUUGGAGUGCUGGGGAACAUCUUAGUGAUCCUUUCAGUGGCCUGUCAUCGGCAUCUGCACUCGGUGACUCACUACUACAUUGUCAACCUGGCUGUAGCAGACCUCCUCCUAACUUCCACCGUGCUGCCCUUCUCUGCCAUCUUUGAGAUACUAGGCUACUGGGCUUUUGGCAGGGUUUUCUGCAACAUCUGGGCAGCGGUGGACGUCCUAUGCUGCACAGCGUCCAUCAUGGGCCUCUGCAUCAUCUCCAUUGACCGAUACAUUGGUGUGAGCUACCCACUGCGCUACCCCACCAUUGUCACCCAGAGGAGGGGCGUCAGGGCUCUGCUCUGUGUCUGGGCGCUUUCCUUGGUCAUCUCCAUCGGACCCUUGUUCGGCUGGAGGCAGCCGCCUCCUGAGGAUGAGACCGUCUGCCAGAUCAACGAGGAGCCGGGUUAUGUGCUGUUCUCCGCGCUGGGCUCUUUCUACGUGCCACUGACCAUCAUCCUGGUUAUGUACUGCCGAGUCUAUGUGGUAGCCAAGAGGGAAAGCCGAGGCCUCAAGUCAGGCCUCAAGACCGACAAGUCAGACUCGGAGCAAGUGACGCUCCGUAUCCACCGGAAAAACGUCCCAGCAGAAGGCAGCGGGGUGAGCAGUGCCAAGAAUAAGACUCACUUCUCCGUUCGGCUGCUCAAGUUUUCCCGGGAGAAGAAAGCCGCCAAGACUCUAGGCAUCGUGGUGGGUUGCUUUGUCCUUUGCUGGCUGCCCUUCUUCCUAGUGAUGCCCAUUGGGUCCUUCUUCCCGGACUUCAAGCCUCCGGAAACCGUUUUCAAAAUAGUAUUUUGGCUGGGGUACCUAAACAGCUGCAUCAACCCCAUCAUAUACCCAUGCUCCAGUCAGGAGUUCAAGAAAGCCUUUCAGAACGUCCUGCGAAUCCAGUGUCUCCGCAGAAGGCAGUCUUCCAAGCAUGCUCUGGGCUACACCCUGCACGCGCCCAGCCAGGCUCUAGAGGGACAGCAUAGAGACAUGGUGCGUAUCCCCGUGGGCUCGGGAGAGACGUUCUAUAAGAUCUCCAAAACAGACGGAGUCUGUGAAUGGAAGUUUUUCUCUUCCAUGCCCCAGGGAUCGGCUAGGAUUACGGUGCCGAAGGACCAAUCUGCCUGUACCACAGCUCGAGUGAGGAGUAAAAGCUUUCUGCAGGUCUGCUGCUGUGUGGGGUCCUCGACCCCCAGCCUUGAAGAAAAUCACCAAGUCCCAACCAUUAAGAUCCACACCAUCUCCCUUGGUGAAAAUGGGGAGGAAGUCUAGGGGAUGGGAAAGGUCACAGGACGAGGGAUGACACUGACUCCCACUCGGAAGGCCAGUGAAUGCUUCUUAAAGGACAAGCAGGGACCGUUCAUGGAGGGGAUCCUCUGGGAAAGAGGAGAGGGAGGGUACCAGUUUGUCCGGUAAGUGGGUAGGAUGCAGAGGAAGAGGCAGGGCAUCUGGCAACUAACUAACUGGUUCUGAAUGAUGGUGGGAGGCCCGUUGCCCUUCAGCUCAAAGACCUCAGUCAUUCUCUGGUCCUGCUUCCCACUACAGACCCUUUCGACAAGAAACACCAUGGGAAAGAAAGAAAAUCUCAUCCACAAUCCAAAAAGACUAUAAAUACAGGAUGAUGAUUUCAUUGUGAAUAUUUUGAGCACACACUCUAAGUUUGGAGUUAUUUCUCGAUGGAAGGGAGGGGAUUUUAUUUUCAGGCUGAACCUACUGGCGACUAUAUUAGACAUUUAUGGAAAGGGGACCUAGAAAGGAGUGUGGGGUAGUGGCCAGCGUGUUUUUAAAGUGAGUUUGGAAGGACCACCAGAUUCUCAGCUUGGGUAAACCUAG